ACGAAGCGUGGAAAGCUUCCGGGACGCGAGGACUGUCACCUGUGUUGACUGUACUACCUGUGUGAUUCAGUUGUGUGUUGUUGGCCGUCGGACAGAGAGAGAUGGACCUGUUUGACAGCAUUCUGUUGGCGGAGGAAAGGUUCCGAAAUGAGGGCUUCCAGGAGGGGUUUAAGAGGGGAACUCGCCGGGGUCUGCAGGAUGGACGCAGACAUGGAGCCUCUCACGGGGCCAGACUGUCCUCUGAGAUAUCCUUCUAUUAUGGAUUUACAGUCACAUGGAAAUGUCUUCUACAACAUAACUCAGAUGUCAAAUCAAGAAAGCGUUUGAAAGCAAUGGAGACUCUCCAGGAUUUGAUCCAAACUGCUCUUCUUGAUGAUCCACUGUCCACGAAGCAACAUGAUGAUACAGAGAAGCUUCGAGCAAAGUUCAGACAGGUCUGCGCUAUGCUGAGUGUCCCUACUGACUUCAAUCAACACGUCAAGACAGCUGAGGGGACUUCAUUCUAAAUCUGUACUAACGAUGAGGACGAGGACCUUACUACUGUGUCUCAUGCAGACGGGAGGAAGCCUGAACUGCUUCAUCUUGCAGCCCUGAUGUCAGAUUCACCUGCUGCAGUUUCAUUAGUGCUGGAAGUGUGAAACAUCGAUUGUGUCAGAUUUUUGAGGACCUGAUAUGUGGAAAGAUCAGUCUCAGGAGAUGACACAGAUUGUCUGUACUGUUCAGCUGUGGAACUGAGCUCUAGUAAGAUUCAAAAAACGGAGAUCAUGAGGAAGAAAUUGUGUCAUUGUUCUAGUGUGGCUGCCCAACAUGUGGAUUUACUGCAGUGAUUCAAUGAGUGAACUGAAGACAGUUACACAAUAAAUGGAUGGAAAUGCAUGAAAAUGAAAUUUUGGAAAUGCAUUUCUCAGAACAGAGGCAAAGGCAGAAUAAAACACUUGUUGGUGUCUGAAGAACCCACUGUGUUUGGAAAGUUUAACUAAAUAACAUUUUUUUAGCAGUGGUGCAAACUACUACAUUUACACAAGUACUGGAAGUAAAAAUUUGUGAGUUUGUAGAACAUGAUGCAUACACCAAACAUGUUCUGUUAUUAAAUAUAUAUUAAAUCCA